AUGCCGAACAAUAUGGAUAGUAGGUCAUUUAAGAGAGAAGAAUAUAGCUCGUUUAACGAAAUAACCGCGGAAUCCUCUACUUCGUCAGAAAUAGAACUAAUCGAAAAUGAUGACAGUUUACUAUCUGAUGCAGAUGAACAUGAUUAUUUGUUGUCGGAACAAGAUAAUGAAUGUACAGACAUAUCACAUUUGGAUUUAACUUGCGAUGAUGAAAUCAUAAGGAUUAAUGUGGAAGAUGAGGACUUUAUGUCAACUGAUGCGACGAUGGAAUAUAACGAAGAAUUAGAAGAAAUAACUAUGAACACAAUGCAGGUUGAGAAUAUGGUUGGAGAGGUUCUAAUAGGAAGGAAUGAUGAAUUUUCUUCUAGUCAUCUGAAUGAAGAACCGAAUGAAGAGCAACUUGAUGAAUAUACCCAUCUCGGAAAUAUUACACAACAUGAUGCACAAUUCGAUGAUAUUACCAAUCAAGGGAUUACAAUCCAUCAAGAUAUAGAAUCCGAUGAUUACACUCAACAUGGAGAUAUAAUCCAACACGAUGUGCAUUCCAGAGAAUAUACGUAUCAUGGGAAUAUAAUCGAUUACAAUGCUCAAUCCGAAAAUGGUACCUAUCAUGCGAAUAUUAUCCGACGCGGCCCAUAUACAAUAAUAGAAUUUGAUCGUAUGGAAUUGCAUUACAAUUAUAGCAUUUUAAAAUUAUGGGAUACAAUAAAGGAGAGGAGAUUAGGUGAUGAACUAACAAACCCAGAAGAUCUUAUAGAGGACAAAAUAGUGUAUCAUAUAUAUAAUUUCUUCCACUCUCUCGAAAGAUGUAAAUAUUUUUCUCUUAAAAAUAAAUUAAAUAAAUUGUGCGACUAUAUUGUAAGAAAGUACAAUGUGCCAACGGAAGUUAAAGUCCAUGAAUGGGAUAUGACAAUUUCGUACAUCUUAAGUGAUCUAUUAAAAAAGGACGCCCAGGAUUAUUUCGAAUUAUGUGAUCUAAUUGAAAAUGGAAUGUGUGAGAGAUUGAAGUUCGUCCAAUUUAUUAAUGAAAAAAAAAGGUCAUGGAGUAUGUCUACGAAUAUGAUAUUUCGAUCAUGGGCAGACGUCUUGGCUUUGAAAUUGAUCAUUCAUGCUCAAUAAUAAGAUAUUUUGGAGAAGUGAGCUCAGCUCAUUUAUCUAUGAGAGCAUAAAUAGAGUAUAUGCAUAUACCCUGACUUCUUUCAGUAUAUAUAGCAGGGAAUGCAUCUGUAAACAUGUAUGUACAUAUAUUUAAAUGCGUGUUUAUCAGAAUAGCGAUGGUGUUGGGGACGAUGUAAAAGUAGUGCCUUCUGUCAUGUGCAUAUGCUGAUUCAUCAAAGAAUGUCAGUUUCUUGAAUCGUAAAUGUGAAAAUCAUCGAUGAUUACAUUGGCAUUACAUCAGUUCCCUUAAUAUAGUGCAAAUUGUAUAUUUCUAAUAUAUAAAUGCACUUAUAUUGCCAUUUCUUUCUUUUUAACAUGUUCAAUAUAUUAACACAGCUGACGAAUGAAACAUGUAAAAUAUUACAUUAAUUUUUCGUGCUGAGCAUUCGUUCUAUAUACAUGUGUAAUGUAUUUAAAACGAAUUUCCAUAAGAGCGCACUGAUUUGAUCUUUUUUUGUCUUUGGAAAAACUUAUAAACACAUUAGAAACAUUUAAAGUAUAAUACUACCCUAAUAAAGACAACAACCCCAU